UCUCCGCUCCCCGCGCCGCGCCGGGGCGGCCGGCCCAAACCAAGGCCUGACAGCCCCCGGCCAGGGCGGCGCCUAGAUGGGCAUCGUGCUCCCGUCCUCCUUAUCACUUCCCCUAACUGGGGCAACUUCUCUCGAGGCGGGAGGCGCUUUUUGCUCGGCUCCUUUUCUCCCCACUUGGGCAAACUUUUCGGCCCUGAAUGACUUUUCCUGAAGCGGACAUUUUACUUAAAUCGGGAGAGUGUGCUGGGCAGACGAUGCUGGACACGAUGGAGGCGCCUGGCCACUCGAGGCAGCUACUGCUGCAGCUCAACAACCAGCGCACCAAGGGCUUCUUGUGCGACGUGAUCAUCGUGGUGCAGAACGCCCUCUUCCGCGCGCACAAGAACGUGCUGGCAGCCAGCAGCGCCUACCUCAAGUCCCUGGUGGUGCACGACAACCUGCUAAACCUGGACCAUGACAUGGUGAGCCCGGCCGUGUUCCGCCUGGUGCUGGACUUCAUCUACACCGGCCGCCUGACCGACAGUGUUGAGGCCGCAGCUGCAGCAGCAGUGGCCCCGGGGGCCGAGCCGAGCCUGGGCGCCGUGCUGGCCGCCGCCAGCUACCUGCAGAUCCCUGACCUCGUGGCUCUGUGCAAGAAGCGCCUCAAACGCCACGGCAAGUACUGCCACCUGCGGGGAGGAGGCAGCGGCGGCGGCGGCUAUGCGCCCUAUGGGCGGCCCGGCCGGGGCUUGAGGGCCGCCACGCCCGUCAUCCAGGCCUGCUACUCGUCCCCGGCCGGGCCGCCGCCACCGCCUGCCGCCGAGCCGCCGUCGGGGCCCGAGGCCGCAGUCAACACCCAUUGCGCCGAGCUGUAUGCCUCAGCCCCGGGCCCAGCAGCCUCACUCUGCGCCCCGGAGCUUUGUGGCCUGGAUCUGUCCAAGAAGAGCCCGCCAGACUCAUCAGUCCCCGAGCGACCGCUGAGUGAGCGAGAACUGCCUCAGCGCCCGGACAGCGCUUCGGGUGCGGCGUCCGCAGUCUACAAGGAGCCACCGCUCGCCUUGCCGCUGCUGCCGCCUUUGCCCUUCCAGAAGCUGGAAGAGGCCGUACCGACUCCAGACCCGUUUCGAGGAAGCGGCGGCAGUCCAGGACCCGAGCCCCCCGUCCGCCCCGACGGCCCCAGCCUCCUCUACCGCUGGAUGAAGCACGAGCCAGUCCUGGGUAACUAUGGCGAUGAUCUGGUCCGAGAUCGCCGCUCUCCAGACGAGCGCCUCGAGGAACGCGGUGGGGACCCGGCAGCCUCACCCGGGGGUCCCCCGCUCGGCCUGGUGGCCCCACCACGCUACCCAGGCACAGGCGCUGACGGAGACGACUACAAGAGCAGCAGUGAAGAGACUGGUAGCAGCGAGGACCCCAGCCCACCCAGUGGCCACCUGGAUGGCUACCCGUGCCCGCACUUGGCCUAUGGCGAGCCUGAGAGCUUUGGUGACAACCUGUACGUGUGCAUCCCCUGUGGCAAAGGCUUCCCCAGCUCCGAGCAGCUGAAUGCACACGUGGAGGCUCACGUGGAGGAAGAGGAGGCGCUGUAUAGCAGGGCCGAGGCUGCUGAGGUGGCUCCUGGGCCCGCCGGCCUCGGGCCCCCUUUUGGUGGUGGUGGGGACAAGAUCUCUGGGGGCUCGGGCGGCCUGGGAGAGCUGCUGCGGCCGUACCGCUGCGCGUCCUGCGACAAGAGCUACAAGGACCCGGCCACGCUGAGACAGCACGAGAAGACGCACUGGCUGACACGGCCCUAUCCGUGUACCAUCUGCGGGAAGAAGUUCACGCAGCGCGGAACCAUGACACGCCAUAUGCGUAGUCACUUAGGCCUGAAGCCCUUUGCGUGCGACGCCUGCGGCAUGCGCUUCACCCGUCAGUACCGCCUCACGGAGCACAUGCGCAUCCACUCGGGAGAGAAGCCCUACGAGUGUCAGGUGUGUGGUGGCAAGUUUGCUCAACAGCGCAACCUCAUCAGCCACAUGAAGAUGCACGCUGUAGGUGGCGCGGCCGGCGCAGCCGGGGCGCUGGCUGGCCUCGGGGGACUACCUGGCGUUCCCGGCCCCGACGGCAAGGGCAAGCUCGAUUUCCCAGAGGGUGUCUUUGCUGUGGCCCGCCUCACAGCUGAACAGCUGAGCCUGAAGCAACAGGACAAGGCAGCUGCGGCGGAGCUACUGGCUCAGACCACGCACUUCCUGCACGACCCCAAGGUGGCGCUCGAGAGCCUCUACCCGCUGGCCAAAUUCACUGCCGAGCUGGGACUCAGCCCGGACAAGGCGGCAGAGGUGCUGAGCCAGGGCGCGCACCUGGCCGCGGGACCGGACGGCCGGACCAUCGACCGUUUCUCUCCCACUUAACGCGCCCCUCGCAGGUGCGCCUGGCGCUACCCGGCGGUCUGGGGAUAACUGGUAGCAGCGGCAGCGCCGCAGUGGUGGCCCCACCUUUCUACGCCUCACCUGGCCUCACUGCAUUGUGCCUUAACCCGGGGAAGCCGGUGGGGGGGAAACCCCGGGACGGGGGUGGGAUAGGGGAAGGGAGAUUUAUAUUUUUGAUAUCAGCUUUGACCAAAGGAGAACCCCGCCUCUCCCUGUGGUUUGUUGGCCCCCUCCCCCCGGCUCCGUGCUGCUCUUGGGGUAAGGGGGGCCACUAUUCGGACGCUCCCAGCCCUACCUCCGGCCCUUGCGACCACACCCAUUCUCACUGUGAAUCUCCCCGCUGGGGUAGGAGCAUUGGGCACAGUUGGGGAAAGGGGAGGGGACUGAGCCGCG